GUGUAAAGUUCUCUGACUAUAAAUUGCCCGGCCAACACACGAGAGUUUCAUUGUUACGUACAGAAGUGUUCUUCCGGCAGUAGUGACGUUCUGCCCUCGGAAGGUUAGAUAUGGCGAUAGAAGAGGUUUCUCAAAUGCAGCUACUGAAAAAGCCCUGCAUCUCUGUUAACCUCCCAAGAUGUAUGUUUUUGCCUUGGCUUACUGUACUACUCCUCUCAGCAAAUCUGGCUUUCUCUUCCUCCAUCGUCAAGUAUCUGCCCGGCUAUGAUGGUGAACUUCCAUUUAAACUGGAGACAGGAUACAUAAGCGUGGGAGAUUCUGAGCUGUUCUACUAUUUCAUAGAGUCCCAAGGAAACCCACAAGAAGACCCUCUUUUUCUUUGGCUGACAGGAGGCCCUGGCUGUUCCUCUUUCUGUGGACUUAUCUAUGAAAUUGGUCCUCUGGAAUUUGAUAUCAACAAUUACACUGGGGGCUUACCAAGAUUGGUAGAUUACCCGUAUGCAUGGACAAAGACAGCUAGCAUCAUAUUUUUAGAUGCACCUGUUGGCACUGGUUUCUCCUAUUCAACAACUCCAAAAGGCUGGCCUACCUCAGAUUCAGAAUCAGCAGAACAGUCCUAUCAAUUCCUCCGGAAGUGGUUGGAUCAACACACACAAUAUCUCCCAGUUCAACUAUUUAUCGGUGGUGAUUCUUAUUCGGGCAUAAUUGUUCCAUUAGUGACAAAAAAAGUCUUAGAAGGUAUUGCAGCUGAUGUCAAGCCACAGAUGAACCUCAAAGGGUAUCUAAUUGGGAGCCCACGAACAGAUUCGGUUAUAGAUGAAAACUCAAAAAUAAUAUUUGCUCACCGGAUGGCACUAAUAUCAGAUGAACUUUAUGAGCAACUCAGAACAAGUUGCAACGAGAAUUAUGUGAACGUUGAUCCAUCCAAUACCGAAUGUGUCAUGGCUCUUGCAUAUUAUGAAAAGUGCAUCAAGGAUCUGUUUCGUAAUGAUAUAUUGGAACCAAAGUGCGCUUUUGCAUCCCCUAAACUUUCUUCAGAACUCGACCGAAGAUCUCUCGAAGAAGAUCCUGCAGAUUUCAUUCUCUCGCCACCAAGAAUACCUGAAUAUUGGUGUCGGAAUUUUAAUUAUGUAUUAUCCUACAUGUGGUCAAAUGAUUUAAGGGUUCAAGAUGCUCUGCAAGUUCGAAAGGGUAGUAUUUUGGAUUGGAGUAGGUGCAACAAGAGCUUGUCAUACACAAAAGAUAUCCUGAGUGUGGUCGAUGUUCAUCGAUAUCUCAGCAAGCACCGAUUACAAGUCCUGGUAGAGAGUGGGGAUCGGGACAUGGUUGUUCCUUUUGUGGGCACAGAGUAUUGGAUAAAGUCUCUUAACCUGACAGUCAUCAACGACUGGCGACCUUGGUUUGUUGAUGGUCAAAUUGCAGGGUACACAAGAAAGUAUUCAGAAAAUGGAUAUCGGUUAAUAUAUGCGACCGUAAAGGGGGCUGGUCAUACAGCUCCAGAGUACUACCGUAGAGAAUGUUACGAAAUGUUUCAACGUGGCAUUUUCAGAGUUCAUCAGUUCCAAGGACAGUUCCUGAACGCGAACUCAGAAGACGGUGUGAGCUCUUGGCUUACGGAUAAAGAGUCGAGACCUCCUGGCCAAAACAAAAAACAGGUGUUGUGGGGAAUGAACAUGAUGUGCCCAAAGAGAGCGGUUUUGUUGAAUUCAUCAAGUAGUAGGUUAAUGCAGAAUCUAUGCUUCACUGCACUUCUCAUAGUCUCAGUUUUCUCUGCCGUUGCCGCCUCUCAAUCGCUCGUUGAAUAUCUUCCGGGAUUUUCCGGCAAGCUACCCUUCACACUUGAAACCGGAUACAUUGGAGUUGGGGAAACCGAUGAGGUGCAGCUAUUCUACUAUUUCAUCGAGUCGGAGAGGAGCCCUGUUGAAGAUCCUCUUGUCCUCUGGCUCACUGGAGGCCCCGGUUGUUCUGGCUUCUCUGCACUUGCUUUUGAAAUCGGUCCAUUAACUUUCGAUUAUGCAAAUUACAAUGGGACAUUGCCAACUGUCCUACAGAACAAAUACUCAUGGACCAAGGUGCUUAAUUUCCAUAUUGACCAAUCGGUUUCUGCUGAAUUAGUAAUGCAGUUCUUACUAAUUUUAUUAGUAAUGCAGGUGGCCAACAUUAUAUUUAUUGAUGCACCAGUCGGAGCUGGAUUUUCAUAUGCGACAACCUCCUCUGGUUAUUACACCUCGGACACUAAAUCAGCAGCACAGACCUACACCUUUUUGAGGAAGUGGUUACUUCAGCACCCAAAAUUUCUUGGAAAUCAACUCUACAUUGGUGGUGAUUCAUAUUCUGGCAUCAUUGUUCCUCUCCUCCUUCAAAACAUACUUGAAGGUUUGGAAGCAGGGCUCAGGCCAGAAAUGGAACUUCAAGGAUACUUGCUCGGAAACCCAGUGACCGAUUCUUUUACUGAUGUGAACUUUAGGAUUCCAUAUGUGCACAGGGUGAACCUCAUAUCAGAUGAACUCUAUGAGAAUGCCAAAUUAUACUGUUCCGAGGAUUAUGUAAAUGUAGAUAUUAACAACACACUUUGUGUUACCGCUCUUCAAGCAAUCAGCGAGUGUCUUAUACAAAUAAACCUGUGUCAAAUUCUGGAACCUCAAUGUGCUUUUUCAUCUGGAAAACCAAAGGAGCUAGAGUGGGAUUUGAGAGCUCAGGAAGACAGAACCAUGAAUUACCUUCUCUCACAAUCUAAACUUCCUGAACUGCGGUGUCGGGGCUUUACGUACGUGCUGGCUUAUAAGUGGUUGAAUGAUGAAAGGGUCCAAGAAGCUCUUCAUGUUCGAGAGGGAACCGUCGAAUCAUGGAAAAGGUGCCCCAGAAAUUUUUCGACUUACACAGAAGAUGUCACAAGUACAGUUGCAUAUCAGAAGAAUCUCACAGAAACGGGUCUCCGAGCUCUGAUAUACAGUGGCGAUCAUGACAUUUCUGUUCCUUACAUUGCUACACUUGCGUGGAUAAAAUCUCUUGGGGUGCCUGUUUUUGAUCAAUGGCGUCCAUGGUUCGUCGAGGGUCAAAUUGCAGGAUACCAAGUAAAGUUCAUGAAUGAUCACUACAGGUUGACGUACGUAACUCUAAAGGGUGCAGGUCACACUGCUCCAGAAUACAAGCACAAGGAAAGCCUUGCCAUGGUCGAUAGGUUCUUUGCUCGUUACCCAAUCUAAUUGAUUGUGAAAUGCGGAAAGACAUUUGGGAGAUCCCUAUUCUAGACUAGAGAAAUAUUUUGAAUAAUCGAAGUGAAUAGCAUAGUCUACCGUUAAUUUUUUUGUUCUAGGAUCAAGCUUGCUUGGAAAGGCCUAGUAAAGUGCUUGCUUAUUUGUAUCGUGUGAGUGGAGAACCAAGGUGUCCGGAUGGUAAAGCCAGGGAAUAAUGCUACCAUGCCCCUAUAGUUUGCAUUCUUA